AUGCCGGAUGAUUAUUUCAAGAAUCAAAAGGGAACAAACUUAAGAAAACAUAAAAAGAAGUAUUUGUAUCCUGUUGGUAAAGAAAAUUUGAUCAAAUUCCCCAAAAUCAGUAAAAAGGAGAAUUAUUCAGGUGUUCAAUCUACAUACUUCAAUGAUGGAGGUAGAAAAGUCCAAGAUAAAUUGAAUUCUAUCAAAGAGGCCUUCAGAAGUUCAUGGAGUACUUAUAAGAAACACGGUUAUGGUCAUGAUGAGGUUCGCCCUAUCUCACAUAAGGCAAGUGACCCUUUUAAUGGUUGGUCCUCCACCAUAAUUGAUGCAUUGGAUACUUUAUGGAUUAUCAAUGAGAAGGAGGAAUUUGCAGAAGCUGUCAACUUUAUUGAAAAGAUCAACUUUAAGCAAUCUUUUAGAGAAGAUAUCCCUAUUUUUGAAAAUAUCAUUAGAAUCUUGGGUGGUCUCAUUGGUGGUUAUGAUCUAUCCAAUGAACAAAUCCUUUUGAAUAGUGCCGUUGAAUUUGCUGAUUUUUUGAUUGAAGCAUUCGAUACACCAAAUCAUAUGCCCUUGUUAUAUUAUAGGUGGCAAGAUGAAAUGCCAAAUAGAUUGGCUUCUAGAGAGGCUUGUCUUGCUGAAGUUGGUUCACUAACACUAGAAUUCUCAAGAUUAACACAAUUAACAGGUGAUAACAAAUACUAUGAUGCUGUUGCAAGAAUAACAGACUUUUUCCAAAAAUCCGUUGAUAGGUUCUUUAUGAAAGGGCUGGUCCCUAACAAACUUGACAUAUCCGGUUUCUUUCCAAGACAAGCUAAGCAAAGAUAUUCAUUAGGUGGUUUGGCUGAUUCAUAUUAUGAAUAUUUGCCUAAAAUGUACCAUUUAUUACGUGGUGAUGAAAAACACGCAAAAGUUUAUAAGGACCUAUACUUAGCAGCUUUGAAUGAUAUCAAAAAUUAUAUGCUUUUCAUGCCAAAGAUCCCAGGCGGCGAAAAGAUAUUAUUUGCAAGCUCUAUUGGUGUUUACAAAAAUGAAGAUAAAAUUAUCGUGGAGCAAGAACUAGAUAUGCAACAUUUGACUUGCUUUGCUGGUGGUAUGUUUGGAUUAGGAGCCAGAGUUUUCAAUCGUUCAGAUGAUAUGGAAAUUGCUGAAAAAUUGACAAUGGGGUGCGUUCAUCUUUAUGAAAAAUUGAAUAUAAUGCCAGAAGUCUUACGCGAUAAAGGUGUUCACAAGGAGGAUCCUCUUUACCAAAUAGCAAUUCCGUGGGGUAAUGAACUUCCUCCAGUUGAAGUUCUGGAAGAUGGCAAAACUGUUUGGACUGUUGAUGAAACUCACAAUCAACCUAGGUGGAUUAACAGUAUGGUUCCUGAAUACAUUUUGAGACCAGAAGCAAUAGAAUCUGUGUUUUAUAUGUAUAGGCUUACUGGUGACUCAAAAUGGAGAGAUUAUGGUUGGAUGAUGUUUGAAAAUAUUGUCAAGUAUUGUAAAACUCCAGAAGGUGAAUUUGCUUCUCUUAGAGAUAUUACAGUUAGAGGUGCAAGACCUGAUAACUUUAAGGAUAGUCUUGAAUCAUUUUGGUUUAGUGAAACCUUGAAGUACUUUUAUUUGUUGUUUGAUGAUAUUUCUGUUUUAAGUUUAGAUGAUUAUGUUUUGAAUACUGAAGCACAUGCUUUUAAAUUGGUUAAUUAG